ACGCCCUAAUACUCAGUCUCUCAUAUAAGCCCCGCAGUAUAUACGAAUACUCAUCACAAUCCAUCACACUCCUAAGAAAAUUCCAUUCUCUAACCCGAAAACAACGCAAUAGCCCUUCAAAAUGCCUCACAUCCUACUUAUCGGCGGCCACGGCAAGAUCGCGCAGCUGCUUACGCCGCUUCUGCUCGCGAAGUCUUGGUCCGUUACCUCGCUCAUCCGGGCCCAGGAGCAGGUCUCUGCGAUUGAGAAGCUUGGAGCCGGGAAGCCCGGGAAGCUGAGCGUGCUAGUCGACAGCAUAGAGGAGGUGAAGAGCGAGGCGGAUGCGAAGGGGGUUAUCGAGAAAGCCGGCACGAAUGAGCAGAUUGAUUGGGUUGUUUGGAGUGCUGGCGCCGGAGGCCGCGGAGGCCCCUCCCGCACCCUAGCCGUGGACCGUGACGCCGCCAUCGCGUUCACUCGCGCUAGCAUUGCGAAUCCCCACAUCACCAAGUUCCUGACCGUAUCUUACAUCGCAUCGCGCCGCAAUCGGCCAUCCUGGUGGACCGAUGCCGACUGGGAAUCAGCUCAAAAUGUCAACAACAAUGUUUUGCCAACAUACUUCCAGGCGAAAGUCGCCGCCGAUGAAGUCUUGACUGCGGGCGCGAAGCUCCGGUACGACGAGGAGGCAAAGAAAGGCGUCGAAGAAGGAAAGCGGUUCCACGGGAUCUCUCUUCGUCCAGGUCAGCUGACGGAUGAGCCUGCUGGGGGUGUUACUAUUGGGAAGGUGCCGUCUAGAGGCACGACGAGCCGGGCGUCUGUUGCGGAGGUCGUGGCAAAGGUUUUGGAAACUCCAGGAGCAAAAGGAUGGCUCGAUGUUCUGGAUGGCGAUGAUUCGGUUGAUGCGGCGGUCGAAAAAGCUGUGAAAGAAGGGAUUGAUUCCGUUGAGGGUGAGGAUUUGGCUGCGCAGAAGGAGCGGGCCGGGUUGUGAUUAACUAGG